AUGUGUCUCACGUACUUGGAGAACACCAACGGGAAGGACUGGCAAUUGGCGAAAACCACCCCGCUCACGCUCAAGCCGCUGGACGACGGCGUGGUGUCGGAGAUUGAGAGGCUCCGCUGGAGCAAUCUUCUGACCGAUUUGGCCGUGUGGGACGUGAAGGGCAACUUCUUCAUUUUGCUCGCUGGAGUGGGCUUGAUCAACGAUAAGAAGACGGAGGAGGCCAACGGGCACCGGGCGAACGGAUCAAAGACGUCCAACGGAGCCAAGGACUUGAACCCUAAUGGGCUGCCCCGGGGCGACGGGCCUUCCUACGAACUUACUAGUUAUAAUCAUACCGAGAUGAUCUACAGAGACAUUGCACCGCCGCAGGCCCACACCAAGUGUGUGGCGUUUGAGUGGUUGAACAUCGAGAAGCCGCAGAUUGUGAACAAGCCGGCGACGCUCAUGGGCGAGGAGAACGGCGUGGCUAACUAUGUCUAUGGAGUGACCCAGCACCAUCCUCCAGGAACCAGCCACCCGAUUCCGACAAAACAAGCCUGUGUGGCUGUACGCCAGGAUGGUCUUUUCAGCUUGUACUACCAGGGCGAGCACAAGGUGGAGUACCACAAGUUGGCGUACAAUUUGGCUCCUGACGGCAGGGAAGGCAGCUGCACUUUCACCAAGGCAGCCAUUGGCUUCAACAGCGACAAGAAGAUUGUUGUGGUGGCCUACGAUGCCCGCUCGGACCUCGUUUUGACCUACGUCAUCAGCAUCGACUGGGGCUUUCUUGUUGAAUCUGCCCAGAGACAGCGCUCAGAUCCUCAUUACCACACACCAAAGGACAGCCAGAUCCCGCCGCUGCUACUGUGUGCGUUGGUGCACGAAAUGAGGCCCGAGCCCACGGCAUCGUGUGAUUUUGGCGAGGAAAAGGCCUUUGGAAAGCCCGAGGUGGUUCAGCAGACACUCAAGCUGAUCGAGCUAUUUUCCCCGUACUUCCAACAGGGCUCCAAUUUGGAGAUCCUCAUAACUUAUGAGUGCAUGAACCCCGUGGGCAGCCAGCCCUACACGCUGGCGUACAGGUAUAAUUUGGAGAACGCCAUGGAUAGCGUGGGCGAUUUGUUUGAUAGCAUGGGAGACGCCAAUGCCGGUGAUUCUCGAGAAGGUCUUUUGAGGCUUGUGCUACAGGGCCAUAUCAGUCUAUCGAAGCAGGUUCAGCAGAUAGAAACGGCCAUCUCAGAGAGCUUGCUUCUUUUUAUUUAUACAGACGGCACCAUCGAUGCCGUCAACAGGGAGACAUGGGAGAUUGUGCCACUGCUGGAUCUCAAGAUUGAAGGUCAGGAACAGACAACAUACCCUAGCACCAUAACUUCACUUCUAGACUGUGGAUUCCUGUUUCCUGAACUAGGGCCUUCUCCAGCAUUGCUAGCUGUUUCUCCCAAUAUGGCUGCUUUCGUUCACUACGAAAACGGACAACUUCAAUUCAGGCCUCUUGAGCGCAGCAGUACCAAAAGCGUUCUGCUCUGUGGCAUUGGCUUUGCCUACAUGCAUGCGUGUGCCUGCUACUCCACCACAUCCUCCGACGAUCUUUUGGUGAUGCUUCGAAAUGAGCUUUUCAAGACCGAACUCGAGCAGCCAGAGCUCGCUGGUCAUCUCGUCGAUUUGGCAAUGACGGAGUCACACAAGGCGAUCAACUUUCAGCUCAAUUCGUUUGGGAAGGAGUCUGUUGACAAGCUUCUUUCGAACCCACCUCUCCAGAGACUUCUUUCACUUCAGCUUGUGCUUGGCGAGCUUCACACAAAAAAUAAAGCUAUCAAAGAUAUGGCGUGGAUUGUACUUAAUUUGAGGUCGACCAGUUUUGGCAUCAUGUUCUCGCUUUCCAGCAUCUACAGGCAAAUGUCGAAAAAGAAGCCUGCCGAGGACCUCUUGCAAGAUUCCGUGAGUCGUGCUGAAUGUAUAAUGCUGUUGGUGGGAAACAUUCGCUGGCUUAUUGACUUGAUCGUUUACUUCAACCAGGAGCUUCUUCAACUUGCAUUUUCCAAAAAUAAUCCAGAACAGUCUAAAGUUACUGUGGAUAAUUCCGUGGUACUCCCAGUGAUACUAGGCAAGGUACCACGCCUAUUCCUCAUGUACUCGCUUUCUUCCAUUGGAAAGACCCACGAGAUUUUAAAGAAGCUUUACAAAGAGCUCACGGAGAGUAACAAGCUUUACACACCUAUGAAAGAGGCACUCAAUCGUUUCUUCACAGCGUGCAACUCACUGCCACUUAACCUUGGCCUUUUUGAGAACUUCCUCCGUGAAUGCGAGGUUUAUGUUAACAAGGAGCUCAACAACAUUGUUUCAAAUGAUCGUGCUCAACUGCUCAAAUUGGAACAGCAGCUAUUCUGUCGGGGAUUUGUUCCUGACGAGGUCAAGUAUAUGGCCAAUGUCUUAAUAGAGCGUCACUCAGCUACGAUAAGCAGAGACUUGAAGCUCGCAGAUUUGUAUUUCUAUCAAAAUGACUGGAUCGACGUUGGUAUUUCCCGAAAAGAAUUUGGUAAGCCAUAUGUGCCGUUGGAAGAGCAUUUCAAACCAAUGAUCCCCCGACUCCGAUACUCAGAUAACGAGGUGGUUGACACUCUCCGGAAGAUUGUCAUUAACGCUGGACCUACGAAAGUGUACAAGAUGCAGAGCAGUAUCGUUGGUCGCUGA